CGUUUUACAGACUCUUACUUUUACCCACAGGUAACAACCGAGGGGGUGUCAGCAACUCCUCUACGCUGUCUGUCCCACGAGUUGCAGGUGACACCGAUACCAUCACCUCCUAAACUGACCAGUGGGCAAUACCACCAGCUAGACGCUGUCAUCCACCAACAUCUGAUUGUCGGAGACAUACGGACUGCCUUUCUGCUGCAAGCUCUCUUCCACCACACCAAUCAGGAUUGCGAGUUGCUGCUGGCCUGCAUGCAUCUGGUAGAGAGUGUUGCCUCCGUAUCUCAGCUGCCCCCAAGGAUCCAGGAAUACUUGGCUGAUGACACACUGCGCAGACCCAAGAUGGCAUUCCCUACUCCAUUGGCCAGAAUGAGGUCUCAAAGUAAAUUAUUGGAGAGUGACAACCAAAGCAUUCUGAAUGCACUUUAUACACUCCAGGCUCACCAGACUUGCAGUACUGCUCUUUUUGGAAAUAUUAUAUGUGGCUUUAAACUCUCUGUGGCUCUUGGCUGUGAUUAUAAAGAUGUGAUAUUGGACCCUGAACCAUUGAAUAGACUACACCCGACUCAUGACUUUGAUGUGGCCACCAACCUGCUCAACCUGGCCAGUCUCUCUCACUACGACUGUACACAGUAUGUGUGCUCCCAGAUUGUUCAUCUCCUCAACACAGGUCCAGAGGAUGGAAAAUUUGUGUUGUGGAGCUGUGACCUUGAAUCAGAGUUCAACUGCAUUUUGGAUCUGACUGGAUGCCCUCUGCUGCUGGGUAAUCUUCUCAUGGCUUCUGAUUUGCCACUGACAGAAACAUCUCAACCUAUGGCUUACAGACAAGUGGUGGAGGGCCUGAUCCUAGCACACAGCUCCUACACCAGAGUGUGCCACAUGGAGGGUAUCACCUCUGUGCUGAAUAUCUCGAGGUCUCUGGUCAACCGUCUGUUAGAUUGCUGCCAAUGGCCUCUUAUGGUACGCCUGUUAACUGGAAUUGGCCGCUACAAUGAGAUGAAUUAUAUCUUUCAAAUACUAAGAGACAAUGACCAGUUUGAGUAUUUACUUGGAAAAGGGUUAGAUAAGCAGCCGCAGCUGAUGUCGGCAACAUUGGAAUUCGUGCGGAGAGACAAAGAGCUGUUCUCAUUGGUGGCUCAUCACUUCAGCAUGUACAGUGAGCUAGGAGCUCUGUACGAGGAUGAGGCUAGGGCUGAGCUAGGGAGACUACUAUUGGGGGAUGUGGUAGGAGGAGUAACAGAUUUGAUUGUCUGCCCCCACAACACCACCUGCCUGCAGACAGCAAUGUCCAAGUACACUGAUGCUACAGAACAUUACAUGCAGGCGAAGAAAAUGAACUGUGCAGUAUCAAGUAUGCAGCAAGCAGAGUUGAUAAUGGUCCAGUUAUCGAUGUUAUCUAACACUUCAGCCGCCACCUCAGUUCCUUGUCUCGUCAACUUGACAAAGAGUCAGGCAUUAAUGCUUGUUAACACUGUUCUCAAUUGUGAACAAGCCCAUGUGGUGGCGAGUGCCUAUGCUGUAGCUUUGGACUGGAGUGCAGCUCUCUACCAACAUUGCGUGCUCAAGGGAAACUCUGAGUAUCUACAGGACUGGACUCGGCACCACCAGCUCACCAAGACCUUGGUGCUGGACAUUGUACACAGGUUUCAGAGUGAAAAAGAAAUAAAUGCUGUGAUGGAGGGCAAUAUGAAGCUGUUCAUUUCAUCUGUAAGCCUUCUGGAUGUGAAGUAUCGUGUGGCAAGCCAGCUGGGGUUUAAAGAUAUAUUACAGAACCUACUGGCCAGCCCCGACAUGGCCUACCUCAAGGACACUGUGUGGCAGAGUGGUUUUAAAAAACAAGUAUUCUAAGAUUUAUAUUAAAUAUGUAUUAUGUUAUGAGUAAUCUUGAACAACAUAUGUUGGAAACUCGCCAACAGAGAGGGCUAGAAUGAUAUUUUACCAUUUCUGUAUACUGCGUAGAUAUUGAGUGGUCUUCUUAGCUUAAGUUAUCUUUAACAACAUAUUAAUUCUAGUUUGGUAUAUUUACAGUAGUACUUUUAUUCUAAGAGUAUUGUAUAAUCUAAUUUCUUCAGAUAAGUCUAAAUUUAUAAAAAGUCAAGUUGUUUUAUAAACAUUUUAAUGCUAGUUGUUAGUAAGAGAUACAGGCAAAUUACUGUAUAUUUUUGAAUUGGCCAGUAUAUAAUAGGCUAAAUAAUGAGAUAGAUUAUUUAUACACGUCCACCCAGCUCCCAAUCCAGAAAAUUACCGAUGGCUAAAUUUAGUCACGUUUAUCUUAAGACAUAAUUGUUAAUAAAAGUAAGUAUCAGUAUAAUCAUAAAAAAUCUAAAACAUAACUAAUAAAAAGCGGGUUUUGAUGUCAGUA